AUGUGCAUCCUUUCCUAUGUGAAACCGUCUGUUUGUUGUUUAUUUUCCUUUUUAAUAGAGAAAAUUCGCGAAUUAAAGGAGACCGUAAAGGACCUAACAAAGGACACUGUUGCUCUUGAAUCAGCAAGAGCACGACUUGAAUCAGAAAAAGAGCAACUCGACAUGUCUCUGAAGGAGGCAGAGGAAACAUCUUAUGAAUAUCAGGUAAAAGAGGGCAAAGUGUGGGUGCAGGCAUAA